GACGUAGUAAUAAACUUUAAUAAAAAAAUGAAAUUAAAAUUGGAUUAGAAAUGACACACGGCCGACUAACAAUAGUUACAAAAUAAGGAAAGGAGGAGGAGGUUUCAGGCCUUCCGCGUAUACAAAAUUUGAGAUUCGAAAAUGUAUAGAGUCACCAUCUUUAAUUAGUACAGAACGCGUAGUAGUAGUAGUAGUAGCGCCUAUAAAAUACUAUACAAUUCCCCACUGUAUAUAUCAUCUCUCUCUCUCUCUCUCUCUUAUCACAAAAGAUCAACCCACAAGAAAAUGGGCACCAAUCAACCCCCAAACCCCAAGCCCUCAAUGUACCUCGAAGACAUGAACGAGGUCGCCAAAGUCUUCGCGCGCUUUGACGCCAACAACGACGGCAAGAUCUCCGCCGAGGAGCUCGGCGGCGUCCUCAAGGCCCUCGGAUCCGCAACCUCCGCCGACGAGGUCGAGCGGAUGAUGCAGGAGCUCGACACCGACCGCGACGGCCACAUCAACCUGGAGGAGUUCGCCGCCUUCUGCAACGGCAGCACCGACCCCUACCACUCGGCGGAGAAGGAGCUGCGGGAGGCCUUCAAGCUCUACGAUCAGGACCACGACGGCAAGAUCUCGGUGGCGGAGCUCCACCAGAUCCUCUCGCGCCUCGGCGACCGAUCCUCCGAGCACGACUGCGCCGGGAUGAUCAAGUCCGUCGAUUCCGAUGGGGACGGCUUCGUCAACUUUCAGGAGUUCAGGAAGAUGAUGACUAGCAGUAGUCGCAACACUGCCGCUUAGAUUUCAUACCAAAUUAGGUUUAAUAAUUCUGUCUCUCUCUCUCUCUCUCAUUGCUGCUGUUGGUUGUAAUUUUGUUGGCGUAUAUGUUGAUUGCUGUUUGCGAUUUACAUAAGUCAGAAGCCAUAGGCAUAUCUUGAGAUUAGGGCAUAUACAGCGUUGUCUACGCGAUCAUUUCCCUCCCAAUCACAACGGAUAUGCGUUCUGAAUAAUAUGUGGGCCUACGAUUUCUACUA